GGGUCAUAAAAAGCAUUGCAUUCUGUUGGUCCAGCACGCUUCUGGUUCUGACACGGACUCAGAAAGAAAUCACCAUGGCGUUGUCUCCUGCUGACAAGACCAACGUCAAGGCUGUUUGGAACAAGAUUGGCAGGCUUGACACGUACGGUUGGGAAGCACUGGACAGGAUGUUCAUGUCCUUCCCCACCACCAAGACCUACUUCGCCCACUUUGAUCUGAGCCCUGGCUCUGCCCAGAUCCAGCAGCAAGGCAAAAAGGUGGCUGAUGCUCUGGCCCUUGCUGCAGCCAACAUGGACGACCUGCCUGGUGCCCUGUCCUCCCUGAGCGAUCUGCAUGCGCACAAGCUGCGUGUGGACCCGGUCAACUUCAAGCUCCUGACCCACUCCCUGCUGGUGAGCCUCGCCACUAACUACCCAGAGGAAUUCAACCCUGCGGUGCAUGCCUCCCUGGACAAGUUCUUGGCCUCUGUGAGCACCGUGCUGACCUCCAAAUACCGUUAAGCUAGAAACUUGAUGGCCACACCCAUCCAUGCCAGCCUUGCCUCCCGGCCAGGACUCCUCCACUCCUGGCACCUGCACCUCUUGGCCUUUGAAUAAAGUCUGAGCGGGUUUGCAGCCUG